ACGAUUCAGUUUCGGAAUUAUCCAAAAGAACAAGCAUCUGUGGCUCUCCUCUGCAGUUUAGGAUGUAUAUUCAAACUCUCCACCAAGCCAAAUGAACUCGUCCUCAACCUCAUCACCAAUACUUAGCAUCAGCCAUUAACAUCUCUCCUCCGCCAUGAAUGACACAGUAGACAAGCUGGUUGUCUUCUUGGCUAAGAGAGAUGGCAUAGACAAGCUUGUCAAGACUUUCCAGUACGUGUCGAAGCUCGUUAACUGGCAUGUAGAAGCCGCUCACCCAGAUAUCGCUCAGAGAUUCAAGCAAUGGGAAGUUGCAUCAGGUCUUAGCAGGAAAGCCUUCAGAACUGGCAGGUUUCUCACUGGCUUCAAUGCCCUGAGAAGGAACCCUGGCUCAACCCCAACUUUUAAGUUCCUAGCUGUUCUUGCUAAUGGAGGAGAAAUGGUCUAUUUCUUUUUUGACCACUUUCUUUGGUUAUCAAGAAUUGGAACCUUGGAUGCAAAGUUGGCUAAAAGGAUGAGCUUCAUCUCAGCAUUUGGUGAGUCUUUUGGCUAUAUAUUUUUUAUUGUAGCUGAUUUUAUUAUUAUCAGAGAUGGAAUAAGAGCAGAGAGAAAGCUGCUUGCUUCUUCCGAAGAAGAUUCAAAGGAAGUGAAAGGCAACAUCCGGAAGAUUAGAGCAGACAGAGUGAUGAGGUUCAUGGCUAUAGCAGCUAAUGUUGCAGACUUGAUUAUUGGAGUGGCGGAAAUUGAGCCCAACCCAUUUUGUAACCAUGCUGUUACUCUUGGUAUCAGUGGGUUGGUCUCUGCAUGGGCUGGUUGGUAUAGAAAUUGGCCCUCUUAGAUAAAGUCCCAGCAACAGUUGCAGUCCAAUCGUUCAGUUCUUGAAAAUGGAAAUGGAAGAAUUUUACUUAUCAUGUUAAUCAAUCGAAAGUCUGCGAUUUUCCCAUGCUUUGAACGAUCCGUGAUCAUAAUGAUUGUAUGAUGAAUCAACUUCACGGUUGAGUAAUUUUAUUUUCAAUAUAUUAAAUCUAGUUUUUUUUCCUCCUA